ACUUGCAGCGAUGAGUAGCGCGCGCGUCUUUUCACCUGAACCAGGUCGUCCCUUCAUCUCCCCCUUCCAGGGUCCUCAAUAUAUAAGCUGCUCGCGUAUCGCAGACACCUAUUUUCUUCACAUCUCUACUUGAGCCACAAGCCCCACGCACCCAAGAUGAAAGUCGCAUUCGCCCUGAUGUGCCUUCUGGCCGUGGUCUACGGCAUGCCCCAACAGCGCGAGGGCGCCCAGUUCACCAACGAGGCGAUCCGACAGGCACAGAACACGUUCCUCAUCCCCAAGGACGCCGAAAUCCAGAACGUUCAGGAGGGAAUCGAGCUGGCCGCUUUCGAGAACCUGCCCGGUGACCAGCGUAUCGACCUUGCCUCCAUCCUGGGCGCCCACGUGCCCGCCGAGGUCGUGUCCAACCUGCAGACCCAGGUCGACCAGGUCGGCAGGAACUAAUUUCCUCCUGAAGACGCAAACUCUUGUAAAUAACACUUCUUCAUUUCCCUUAUUUUGUGUGAAUCUGUGACUCUGAUUUUGUUAUUUAAAAAUCUCCCGAUGUUGAAAAAUGCUGAAUUGUGUAACAUUGAAUAAAAAAGACUUUUAUAUAAGAAAAA